AUGGCCGAGCAAGUACCCGACAGAUCUCUCCGCGAGACAUAUACCGAAGCCAAGGCAAAGCGAGAUCAACUUGGCGAUCUUGACCCCCGCAGCAGCGUCUUCAAGGAUACGCUACAAGCCACACUUCAAGACCUAGAACUAUGCCAAAGACUUAUCAGCGAGCUCGCGGUUUUCAGCCCCAAUGAGGAACUCGACGACCUGUCAACGCAGAGCCUACAGUAUCUGACAGUUGACUACUUGAUAGCUGAGCUGCUGCAAAGGACCUACGAUGCUAAUCGCUUAGCAGCAUUACGACGAGUAUCUGGCCUGCUGGACGACUUCUUGACAAGACUAGACCAGUACUCUAUGCUCUCAACCGAGGAUCACAAACUGUUUGAGCGAUAUCAGGAGGGAAAGACAAGCUUCGCUCUCCUACCUCCCAACCCUGAGGAGCGAAGGCGGCUGAAGAUCAAGCGCUUUCAGGAAGGAAAGGACUUGAAAAAGAAGCUUGAGUAUUUGAGCAGCCAGUCGCAAGUGAACCACGUGGAUGACGAGACUGUCCGAAGUCUGUACCUGGCCGAAAUCGCUUUCUUUGUACAUGAAUCAUUUCAAUCACUGGAUUCCAUCAGCCAGGAAACAGCUAUCCUUGCACAGAUGCAACAGGCUCAGCCCACGCCUAUGAUGGACCCACGCAACGAUCCCAGAGCACCUCAGAGGACAGAUGGGUACUCUGAGAGGCUUGAUGGUCCGACAACGCUUGCCGGUCUCGGCCGCAAAGGGGGACCUCUGUUGGACUCCAAGGGCAAGCCCAUGCAGCCUUUUACGCUCCUUGACAAACGCUCCCAAAUGCGAGGAGGUGUAUUCCGCCCUGGCCAUAACCUGCCUACCAUGAGCAUCGACGAGUAUCUCGAGGAGGAGAGGCGUCGAGGAGGCAUCAUUGAAGGUGGCGGCGAUGUGCCCCAGCCUGAGCCGGACGAGGAUAACAUGGAAGAGGUCGAUGCUGCCACCAUGAAGGCCCGGGACUGGGACGAAUUUGUCGAGGCCAAUACUAAAGGCGCUGGCAACACUUUGAACAGAGGCUAG